GACUAACUUUUUUUCAACUUUGUGUCACAGCACAGGAAAUACAUCAAAAUGAGAGAAAAACAUAAAUUGAUGCAUUAUUUGUUUUGAUGGCUUCGACAACACUUACUUGGAAUGUGAGAUGAGCCUGGAGCAAGAUGUAAUUGAUGGGUGAAGUGAGAGAUAGCCCUCGGCAUGGGGAGUUCAUCGUCCAAGUUCCGCAAGCACCUGAGUAAUGGAGAUGAAGUGGCAGCUCUACACCUGUACAACAGCAACAGUGACCUCAGGAAGGGACUUGACCCAAACUGUUCCUAUGGCGACCACCACAACCAUGAAACACCAUUGCAUUAUGCAUCAAAACAUUCUAUGAAAAGCCUGUUAAGGAUUUUUCUGCAUGACCACAGUGGCAAUCCAAAUAAAACAAAUGGAAAAAAGGAAACCAGUCUUACCUGUGUCUGUAUGGAAAAGGCAGAGAAUGCCCAGUUUUACCCUGUCCAGAAGAAAAGGCUGGACUGUCUUCUGAUUCUGCUGAAGUGGAGGGGGCCUGAAACUGAAGAUGGGGAAAGGGAAAGGGUAGACCUAGGCUCUCAAGAUGAGAAUGACAACACAGCCCUCCAUUAUGCUGCCUUAUCAGGACUGAAGUAUUGUGUAGAAAAGUUGGUCCAAUCAGGAGCCCCACUUUUCACAGAGAACAAGGAGAGACAGACCCCCUGUGACUGUGCAGAAGAGGGUGGCCAUGCAGAAAUAGCCCUGUAUCUGGAGUCCAAGAUGGUCUUCUCUAGUGUUGGGAAUGAUGAUGAUGAAACUGAGGAUGUGGCAUCCAUUAUGGAACCUGAGGAGUAUAGUGGACUGCGAGCCCAGGAUUUACAGGAGGCUAAAGAUCAGCUGCUGGUGGAAACAGCAGACAUGCUAAGCGUUCCGCUAUUUACAGCCGAGGCACUGCUCCGUAAUCAUGAAUGGUCUCGUGAAAUGCUGUUGGAGGCCUGGAUGUCGGACCCCUUGCAGUGCUGUGACAAAUCUGGUGUGCACCCCCCAGCCAGUGUCUUUUGUGAAAAACCAGUGGUACAGCAGUCCCUGGACACCGACCAGCACCGUCCAGAGACUCAAAACUCCACAGGGGUGUGUGAUAUCUGUAUGGAGACCUUUGUAAUGUCGGAUGACCACGUUCACAUGAUCUGUGAUCACAUGUUCUGCAGGGAAUGUUGGAAAGAAUACUUGAAUCUCAAGAUACAGGAGGGUGAUGCUCACAACAUUACAUGUCCUGCCUAUCAGUGUGAUAAACUCGCUCCAGUAGAACUCAUUGAGAGUGUUGUGUCACGUGACAUGGCCAGGCGAUAUCUACAGUUUGACAUCAAGGCAUUUGUGGACAGUAAUCCUAACAUAAAAUGGUGUCCUUUUCCUGGUUGUGGACGAGCGGUGAGACUACCGGACCAGGAGGAACGGAACAAGAAAAUCCCCGUGGAUACUUCUCGAGCAGUGGACUGUGGCAAUGGUCACUAUUUCUGCUGGGAUUGUCUGGGGGAAGCUCAUGAACCAAGUAGCUGUGAUAACUGGAAUAAAUGGUUCCAGAAGAUUAGCGAGAUUAAACCAGAAGAAAUGUGUGGGACAGAGGAGGAGACAAACACUGCUGCUAACUGCCUGUGGCUGGUGACCAACUCCAAACCCUGCCCCAACUGCAAGUCACCCAUCCAGAAGAAUGAGGGUUGUAACCAUAUGAAGUGCUCAAAGUGUAAACAUGACUUUUGUUGGGUGUGCCUGGACCAAUGGAAGAGACACAACACCAGUACUGGGGGUUACUUUAAGUGUAAUCGGUACGAGGCAGUGAAAGUUGUACAAGAGGAAACACAGAAAGCACAGGUUGAGGCUGAAGAGCAAAAUGUAAAGAUGCAGGAAUUGAACAAAUUUGUUCAUUUCUACACUCGCUUCAAAAACCAUGAAAACAGCUAUAAGCUGGAAGAACCAUUAUUAAAUACAACCAAAAACAAAAUGAUGAAACUAGCAGAGGCUGUUACUGAUCUAGCUUCUGCCAACUCAGAAACUCAAUUUGUUGAGCAUGCUGUCCAGCAACUUCUGAAGGGUCGCCGAGUUCUCAAGUGCUCCUAUGUUUACGGAUAUUACUUAGAUGGACCUGGCUACAUGAAGAUUGUCUUUGAGUUUAUGCAGACUGAACUUGAAGAAACAACAGAGAUCCUAUCUCAGAUGGUGAAUCGGCUGUACUUACGAACUCCCAAAAAACGCAUCAUUGAGCAGGCUCAGUUGGUGCAGAGAAAACGACAUGAGUUCAUUCUGGCAAUUUCCAAGGGGCUGGUUCCUCCGGAAACUCCACCAGGUCUGCGUAAACAUCGCAGGCGGAAGUAUAGCAUGGAAACUGAAGAUGAACAGUUGCGUAAAGCAAUUCUGGCCUCUAUACAGGAGGUUGACCCAGCUAAACCAUGGAUUAAGGAUGCAUCUGGUCGCCAUACUAAUGUAAUGGCUGUCUUAGACUGGCCAAAUAGUGAUGACUCGGACACCGAGGACCUCUAUACAGUCACAGAUGGAAGGUGUCAGAAAAUGUCUUGUAACAACCCACGUGCCAAGAAUCCCCGUACUGGAGAAACCCAUGAGUACUGUAGUAGACAGUGUAUGUAUGAGGACAAGCUAGAGAAUCCCGAACAACCAGAGCCUGUGCAGGAGGUGAUUAUGGAUGAGCAGAUGGACCUGCUGAGGGCAUUGGAGAUGUCUCGACUACAGUAUUUACAUGACCAGGGUAUCAUCACAGCAGACAGAAGUUCCAUAUCUAUACAAAUGCCUCCUGAGGAAGCAAUGGCGUCAGUGGAAGAUGCUGUGAGACAGAGGUCACCAAGGUCACAGAGGAAGUCCCCCAAACAGAAAUCCCCAGGGGUGAGAGGGAAAGGAAAGGGGAAGAAGACAAUACAGGCUGCACUGGAGGAGCUGGAUGUAGAACUUCAGAGAGUGCUGGAAAUAUCCUCCAUCAGUCCUACAGAGUUGCAGGAAACAGUAAGAAGUGAUCAAAAAGCCCAGGAGAAGGGUGCUGUAAAACAGCGAAGUCGAUUCGAUGACAUGGGGGCUCUCUGUGUCCAGAGCAUUCCAAACAGAAGUGUGGAGGACCUAGACCACGAUGACUGCAUUAACUGCAAUUUUGCAGUGGAUCCUGAAAGGAGGAAUUCUAAUGAGGACCAACCCCCCACCACCCCUAGAUCAUCUUUCUGGCAUUUUUCUGAUGGCAUGGGGGACCACUUCCCAGUAUUCAGUCCAACAAAACCCACAUCGCCACAGAGAACCAGCUCAAACUCAUCACCACAGAGAACCAGCUCAAACUCGUGUUUUGGAAUCAUUAAAGACAUUAAUGUCUCUAAUCUUCACACAGGGGAGUCAGACAAAAUCAUAGAUAUGGAGGAGAAAAACUUGGUUCUCCUUGCUAGCACUAAAGUGCCUGAGGACACAGAUCUCCUUGCCACACUUCCUGGGCCACCUGGAUACAAUAGUCAAACACAACAGCCUCGCAGGGACCAGUCCUACAGCUCCAAGAACAACUUUGGACUGUUGGCAGCCAACACCCCAGGUGAUGAGCAUGUUCUUCUGUUACAGAGCCCCGAGACGCCGGAGCACAUAGCUCUGGGAUACCCAGGACAAUCAUGUACUCGAGGUGCAGUAUCAAGGAACUAUACAGAUGUACAUGUACACAUAGGAAAUUCUUCAGAAAGCGACUCUGAACAUGAUGCUUGUCACAAAUUUUUAUCUUCAUUAAAACCACCAUCAGAUGGCUUUCUUGAUUCUCUGACUGUAUGUAACAAUGAAACCAAACCAAACAAGUUAACUCCACCACAAGCUCUAACUUUGCCUUCUGAGAAGUUGAUGGACUGUGACACUCCACUGGUUGUGGAAGCCAGUGCACAGUUGGAUUCAUCUAUGGAUACAUGGGCCACAAAGUGCCAGGGCGAGAUCCAUAAUGAGGCUCAGAAUUUUAGUGCUGAGGGAGAGGAUAUAGCAGUCUCUUCUCAUAGCAAAGGCAAUACAUACAUGUCUCCUGUAGGAAGUGUGGGCUUAAAUGAAGGCAUGCAUGCACCAACAGACCAAUCCAUUUCUCCAGAAAACAAGGAUAUCCUUCAAUUACUGGAUGUGGAAGAUGUGCUGGAAUUUGAAGAUUCAGCGCCUCCUAGUGGUAAUAUUGGAGAAGAUGAUGAAUCUGAAGGUGGAGAUAACUCAGUGUAUGUGUAAAAUGGGGAAAAAAUGCAUGUGAUAUUAAUCUUGAUAUUCAAUUUACAGUGUGUGCUUUUUAAUUUUCGUGUAUAUUUUUUUAACUUAUUUAUUUAAUAACAGAGAAGACAUAGUUGUAUCACAUGCUGAUAAAAAGAACAUUUGUCUUCUUGGAGUAAAUUUAUAUGCAUUUAUUAAAAUUUCUUACAACUGUAGGUUUUUUUUAAGCCUCCAAGAUCAAAGAUCGGGGAGCAUAUUGUUUUCAUCUGUCUCUUUGCUUGUCCAUAGCUUUUAUUUAGGUAAAAACUUUUGAAUUAUACAAGAUGGAGGCUUUUAAGUCAAAGGUUAGUGACUGGGGAAAGGUCCAAGUCAUAUUUCAAAGUGAAAGUCAAAUUAGCCUAAUUGAACUUGGCCAUGACUGUGAAUGUUUGUUUUAUAAAUAUUUUUUUUUAUUCAAUAUAGAAAAAAAAAUGUGGCUGUUUGAUAUAGUGUAUAUCUAUUAUUGCAAAGCUGAAUUUGUAGAAAAUUACCCCAUGCUUUCAUUGUUUUUUUUUUUAUGUCACUUAAUACAAACACACUAGACACGCAUACCUUAUAAUCAUUUAUAUUUUGUAAUUUAUAUUUUUCCUUUCAUACACAAGGUUUUUUUUAUGUCAGGUUGAAAGGUCACUUGAUUAUCAGCUAUAAUGAAAUAUAUGAAUAUAAAGAAACAAGAUACAGUCUACUCCACUUAUAUUGAAGUCACUUAUAUUGAACUAUCUGUUAUAUCGAGGUGAAAAUAAAUCUUCAGUAACAUUCGUAUGCUUCAACAUUGGUUAUAUUGAACUUUGGAUAUAAUGAACACCCUUAAUUUCAAUAUAUCUCGUGUAGACUAGGUUUCUAGUAAAACUAUGAUCAGUACAUGCCUGCAACACUGGUAACUGUAAGUACAAGUAUUCACGUGAAAGAUUUAGGUUUUUUACUAAAGCAUUUUUAACAUGUUAAAUGUAGUGGAUGUUGUUUAAUCUGAGAAAUCCUCUGUACUAUUUGCAAGAAUUUUGUGUAGUGGUUGUAUGCAUUGCAGAUAUAUGUGCUUGUUGUAGGCUCUGUUCUGUAGGUGUUGUGUUCAAAGACAGGCUGCAACAAUUGCUAAGUAAAAUGACCAUUCUUAUCUAAAAAAGGGUUUUGUAAAUUUUUGUUCCCAGCUUUUAUGUUGUAUUUGGGCCAUUUGUCCUUGAACUUCGUAUACAUGUGCAUGCAUGCAUCAUGCAAAAUUAAAAAAAAAAAUGUAGCUCUAUUGGAGAAAAAUAUUAAAAGAGAAAAUACAAUUAAAAUUUUAGAAGUGGCAGUUGUAUACUUCAGAAUAUGUUAAGUGGGAGAUGUAAUCAUUGUGACAGUAUUGUUGAAGCUACACACUAUUAUAAAAUGUAAAGGACUCGAAUGUGUUACUGUAGAUUAUAAUUGAUACUGUAUUGUGCACCAAAUUAGAAAUGACAAAUAGUGUAUUAAUUUAGGUCAUCUAGGUAGUCUGUUUUGAGUGGUUAGUGAUUGUUUUGUGACCUGUUUUUCAAAGUCACGAUGUCACUUGUAUUUGAAAUGGGUUACACAGUGUAAGUAAAAUUGAGGUUGGUGAAAAAUAUUGCAUUGAUUUCAACUAAUAUCUGGCACUUUAUGUCUUUUACUAUUUUAUGUUGUGAUUUUUUUCCCUUCAUUUUUUAAAUGGGAGCAAGUAUGUACCAUGUAUAAAGUGAAAAUUUGUUGUUACAUUGUAGUUGACAAAAUUGAAUUUUGCUAAAAUAAACAUAUUGAAAAAAAAACUAUAUUUACCAAAAUUUAUAAUCUGUUUCAUGUGAAAACAAACAACCAAACCAGUGUACAAGAACAAGAAAUCCUAUAAAUUUUAAUUUGAUUAUAAAAUUGAAUCCUGUUUCUAUUCAUCAUUAAUUCAGUAAAUUAAUCAUGAAGUAGUCGAUAUGAAUAAUAGCACUUCUUGACCUUUGUCAUAAAGGUCACUUUUUCCUAUCCAUUUGUUGUAUCUAUAAGACAUCAGUAAUGCACAUGUAUGAAUAGAUUUUAUUCUGUUUAAUUUUUUUUAAAAUUUGCAUCGACUUUAAAUCACUGUAUGAAUCACUAAUGUCAUUCAGAUGAUCAUUUGCAAUCAUGCACGUCUGUCGUUGGAAGUUUUUUUUUUAAUUGUAUGAACCUUCAAUAUGUAUAUAUAUGAGCUAAUCUAACCAAUCAUUGUAUUCAUGUAUACAUCUUGGAAUGUAAGAAAACACAAACAUUAUUUUCAACUAAAGUGGGAUCAAAUCUUUGCAAAAAAACCCACAUGCUUUGAUAAAUUAUUUAAGAAAUAAUUAUUUCUCUACCAAAACUCUGAUAUAUGUGUUCCUAGAAUUUGGGGUUCAGACCACAAUUCUUUUAUUCAUGUUCCUAGGAACCACAAUUCUUUGAACCAGUUCGUAUUGAAAUAUAUGAAAAUUUGCAAAUGGUGUAGUUUUGUGUUGGAGUGGAAUAUAGCACACAUGGGAUGUUAGACCAGCAAGAACAGUUUAAAUGAAUUGUUGGCUGUUUACCAGAAAUUGUGAAAUUUCCCUAGAAUCUGGCCCUCUGAUUUAGAAGGUCGUACUGAUGAUGACAAGGUUUAGAGUACAUGUUAAUUAUGUAAAUCUGUCUUUCAAUCAUGUUGAAUUACUCCAAAACUCUUUGAGUUCAAUUGCUCUCUGGCUUUGGGGGAAAUUGCAUCUUCUGGAUGAGACUGAAGUUAUGAGUUCCAUGUCAUGGUAAACAUUGGUGAAGAACACUAGCUGUUAUGACCGUGAGAGACACACAGGUCAAAAUUGAGGACACUUUCUUUGCAUGUCCCUAUAAUACUCGGAUGACCAUAACGGUCCAUAGGCUUUGUAUAGAGGUACAAUUGGAGGUAAUAUGUUUUAACUGGAUUACAUAAAUAGUACAUCAGAAACUAGAGUGAUCAUUUGUAACUGGUGUGGCCAGUUUUAAGUUUAGAUGUACAAACACGGGCAGUGUAUGCUUUAUAAUGUGCUCAUUUAGAAUACCAGCACAAAAAUCUAACACUGGUUUUUAGCAAUGUACUGAAAUCUCUGUAUUUAUACUGUUAUCAAAUAGUGUAUGCCAAUCAAACAGUAAUAAUGUUAACUAUUUCAAAAUUAUAUCAAUAUACAAACAAGCACGCAUAUAUAUAUAUAUAUAUACACACACACACACAAAUACAUCUACAUUUUUAGAUCUACUGCUUUAUUGGACCAUUGUAAUUAUAGAUUCUGAUGUUUGUAAUAUUUUUCUGUAACCAUUACAUGUAUUUAUCGUUAAUUAAUCAUGUUAAUGAUUCUGACUCAAAUUUGCCCCGAGAAAAAAAAAACUAAAAUUCACAAGUCUUAAAUUCUUUUAUUUGUAUAUAUCUUUUGGUAGGAGCUAGGUUUUAUGAGCUUAAAAAUAGAAUAAUGCUGGUCUAUAGUAUUGACUGCAGUAUCAAAUAUUGUUGUCAGGAACAAUAAAUGAAAAGUGAAAAUAUGCAUUGAUCUCAAAAGGAGAAAAACUUCUUAUAUUCAUGUGUUUUAUUGUUAACCAUGCAAUGGAGUUUUAUAGUGUAAUACAUAUUACUUGAUUAAGAAUUCAAUAUAAAUUGUCCAGAAAAUCUAUUUAUGUGAUAGAAAUGAUUCUAUGAAGUGGUUGAUUUGUAAUCUUUAAAUUCAGGGUUCCCCUUUUUUUCGUGAGACAUUUGACUGUGUUCAGCCUGUGCCAACUGUAUCAUAUCAGAUAAUAUAUUUUUCAUCAUGAUAGCAGACCAAUUUAUUUUAAUUUUUUUGGUAGUCCUGUGUAGUUUUUAUAAGCCCAUCAUAGAAGGGUCGUAUGGUAUGGUGCAGUCCACCUGUCAGCAGUCUGUUGAUCAGAUAACAAUAGUACUUAUAAGGUUAGGAUCAUCAUACUUGGUCCAUACAUUCCCCAAUGAUUGGAGGAAGAAGCCUAUUGGUUUUCAAGGUCAAAGAUGAAGGUCAAACUUUCAUGGUUAAUUUUAGGGGUGCAAAAGAAGAUAGAAAUAAUACUAAUAAGGCUAGGAUAUUUAAACAUCAUAUGCAUAAUGGUAUUGUGAAUGUGUCUGUAGUCUGUUCAACACCUUGUGGAAAGAAGAGUACUAAAGAUAACAGGAGAACUUAAAGGCCUUGUACAAUCUAACCUUGUACAGGUGGUCCCCAUGGUUAUUGGAAGAUGCCUGUAAUUUCUCAAGGUCAAAGUAAUAUUUUCAGGGGGUAAUCAUGAAGCUUUAAACAAGGAUAGGGUCAUCAAACAUAAAGUUGGUGUACAUUGUCCUCAUGGUGUUGAUGCCAAGUAUAUUUUGUAAAUGUUACAGUACUUCUCAUGUUACACUUUAUCAGAGGGAAACCUUUCUUCAAUUUGAUCAGAGGGAAACCUUUCUUCAGUUUGAUGUUGAACAAGGUCUUCUUAGAACUAACAUUUUACAAUUACUCUUUAAUAUUAGAGAAAGUGCUGAAAGAACACUGUCAGAGCCACUCUGAUAUUGGAGAAAGUGCCAAAGAAUACUGUCGGAGCCACUCUUUGACCAAUUAACAGUGUAUCUGGGUGUUAGUAAUUUCUUUGAUGACUUGCAUAUCUUAAUGUAGUGGAUGUGCAUAUUUUGCAGUGCAAGCAUUGCUCUUGUUCUGGUAAUCUUCUUAUAAUUCACAUAAUCUGCAUUACAUUCAAAAUGUAAUUUUUGCUUUCAUAUAGUUUUGACAUUCUUUUAACAUAUUCUUAUUUUCAGAAUUUGGCUUGUGAUUCAUGAGUAACCUAACGUCUAUUACUGCAUUAAAUAUUUUGAAACCAG